AGUGGUUCAGGUGUCGAUAAAGAGGGCGGUCGUCGCGGCGUUCAACAUCGUAUUCAAGCUCUGGCGGAAUUUUUUCCAACUUUUCUCCCCGCGUCUCGCAUCUCAUCUACAUAAUGUAUCACGAGAUCCUGCCAUCCCAGCGUGCUGGAAAAUUCAUUUCGGCCAAUUGUUUUUGCUCUCAAGAGUUGAAUAAGUAAACGAGAAGGUACCAACUGAAGUAGAGUGAUUGAACUUUUGAAGCGAAGUUUUUUGAAAAAAUAAUUAACUGAAAGAGUUCCAUGUAAAGCGGUUUGGAAAUCGGUUUUCAAGUGGAAAGUGAGGAAAUUGUGGUUGAUUUAUUUUCUUGGAUUAAGUCAGUAGCUCUGUUAUAUGUAUAGUGAAUUGAGAAAAAAUAAAAUUGUGUUUUAUAGAAAUACCAAGUGUGUUUCAAGAAUGUGCAAAUUCAAAAUUUGAACAGAGUACUUGGAUACAGUUUAAUUCAAAGCAUUCGUCAUGUUGACAGAGUAUUGUAGAAUCAUAUUGUUCAUCUUAGUUAGUCCAAUUCUAGCAUCAUCUAUGGAUACAACUCGCAAAGAUGUAUAUCAACAACAACAGCAACAAAAAUAUUCAGAAUGGCGGCAGUUGUGGUAUCCGAAUUUCGAGGAGUUCUCCAGGGCGGAGGCUAUGGCCGGAGCCGAAAAUAAUACAAUCACUAACGUAACGGUCCAACUGGGAGCCACUGCUUACCUACAUUGCCACGUCAGGACCACAGGAGAUAGGACUCUGGCCGGAGCAGAGCAAGUCUCGUGGGUAAGAAGACGAGAUUGGCACAUUCUUUCUUCUGGAGUUUUCACAUACACCAACGACGAACGUUUCCAAAUUUUACACGCAGAAGGCUCCGACGAUUGGACACUUCAAAUCAAAUACGUUCAAAAACGGGAUAACGGCACUUAUGAGUGUCAAGUAUCAACUGGUCAAGGUCUCAUAUCCCAUUUCGUCAACUUGCAGAUAGUUGUUCCUGAAGCAACCAUACAAGGUACCAGAUCGGGUGAACACCAUGUCGAUGUUGGUAGUAUUAUUGACCUGGUGUGCAUCAUUGAAAGAAGUCCAACUCCUCCGCAGUACGUAUUUUGGUACCACAACGAUCACAUGAUCAACUAUGAUACAGCUAGGGGCGGUAUCUCUGUGGAAACAGUUCCGGGACCAAGAACGCAAAGCAGAUUGACCAUCAGAGAUACGAACGACGCGGAUUCCGGAAAUUAUACAUGCUCUGCAUCUAAUACGGAGCCGGCGUCUAUAUACGUCUUUGUAUCUGAAGGAGACAACGUCGACGCUAUUCUAAUGAGAAAAUCGUGCGCUAUGUGCAUAGCAAGUCAAAUAGCUAUCAUCUUAAUCAGCAUGUUCACUUCGGCGAUGCGAUAGAAAACUUCAUAAUCACUGAAGAUGAACCGAAGCUUAUGUGAUUGUGAAUAAUUUCCUUUCAAGUGAUAAAAACUAAGCUAAAUAUAUAUUUAAUAAUACUGUUAUGUAUGAUAAAAGACUUUUCAUCGAUAGGUAUAAGAGGAAAUUUCCAUGGUAGUUAAUGCAUUCUUUUCAGUGACGGAAUUCACUAUUACCUUCUCUAGUACUGAACACACUAUUCACACCAAUAAUUAAACUUUCUGAACACGCGUUUCGAUAACCAACUUAUCGUCUCCAGAGACUCAAGAUAAACUAAGUUUCUGUAGACGAUAACUUUGUUAUCGAAACGCGCGUCAAACAGUGUAAUUUUAAGUGCUGGUGUAGUGGUAGUAUAAACAGUGUGUUCAUUAUGAAUAUCAUCAACGGUUCCGAAAAUUCCAGUUAUUUCCAUCCUAUAUUAAAGAGAAAUAUAUGGAAUUAUUCACAAUUCGGAAUGGUAUGAAAUAUAAACCGAUGAUUAUAUCACAACAUGAAAUAUAUUGAAUGUUAAUUUUGGCACAAAAAUUCUCGUUUGAUUGACGUCAUGUUAUUUUUUUUAGUGGCUUAUGUUAUUUUAAAAAUUAUUGGUUUUUGCUGAACUUGUGAAAAUUGGACGUGGAAUAUUCAGUAAUUCAUAGUGAUAAUGGAUACCAGAUACGAUGGAUCUAAUACAAUAUUUCUUAAUGAUGAAAAAAUGUUUCAUUAUAUAAAUAUUAUAAAAGGUCCAUUACCAUAAAUCAAUCUUAGUUCAGUUGAAUAACAACUAGAUUAUGAUUAUUUUUUUCUCAAUUUAACGCGCUGGUCAUUGGUAUACGAAAACAAUCAAAAGAAACAUAUAGUCCAGUCAUUUUAGGCAUUUUAAACCUCAAGAACAGAACAGAAUAAGUACGCAUGCGCCAAAGGUUAACGUCUGUCAGCUGUUUAUUUUUAGUCUUUCGAAUGCGUCUCUGUAGACAAACCAGUGUAGCCGUGUCCUUCGUUUUUAUAGGAAGUGAAUAUUUGUCGAGUUCCCGUGUUUUUGAACUUCGUGCGAUUGCUGAAUCUACAGGAAUUAACAAAAACUUUUUGCGUCAAAUUUCAACACGCGAAAAGUAUAUGCGAGACUGGUGUCUAAAAUCUUCACAUUCGAAAAACAAGAAGCUCGCAAAAAGAUUUGUAUUGGCACUUUGAAUGCCAUUGAAAAUAACUCGUAUAGUGUGACGAAUCUUGGUUCUUUUCAUGGAUGAUCCUGAAACAAAAAUUAUUUUUUUAGAUGUUCAUGGAAUUAUAUACCUUCACUAGCUUCCUGAAGGUGAAACUAUCAUUCAACAUAAUUAUCUUUAUGUUCUUAUUGAAUUCUGUGUGAGAAUUGUCGAUGGAGAAGUUAAAUGUCAAACUCAUUUCGCACUGUUCGUCAAGAGAUUUCUAGUCAACUAUAACCCCACCUCAAUCCAAACUCUUUGUUAACAUAAAGCAUAAAAUGCUCAGUUAUUUCAGUUAUUAUCAAAAAAUAAGUUCAAAACAUGGUUAACUUUUGGUCUAGAACUCAGCGGGUUUAAUAGCGAAUUGCUAAAAGAGUAUUACCUAAAACUGAUUCAUUCAUCGAUUUCUUUUAGUUUGCAUUUCGGCAGUCACCCAUAACUUAAAAGCACUCAUCGGCACUACAUAAUUUUUGAUCUGCCGUAUCCGUGGACAAAUUAGUGUAGCCGUAACCUCCGUUUUCAUAGAGGCUGUUUUUUUGUUUAACUGUAAAACGUAUUGUUGUGAACUUUCACAUGAAAUUUGGAAAAGCUCUAACCGAAACUUAUAAUUUAUUAAAACAAGUGUACUAUGAAUAUUUGAUGCGUUCACGUGCUUUCGCGUUUUCAAAAUGGCUGAGAAGAUAUUGAAGAUAAGUCACGUUCUGGUCACUUUUCUACGUCAAAAAGUAAUGAAAAUAUCGAAAAAGUCCUUAAUCUUGUUCGGUCUGACUGUCUGCUGAGUAUUCGUGCGGUUGCUGAGUUCACAGGUGAAACUGCUGAACAAAAUUAUCAUCUUCAUAUUCUAACAGAACCCUGUGGAAGAACAAAAGAGAAAUUAAGCGAAUUGUGGAAAGAAACGACACGACUUCUCCUUCAAAACAAUGUGCCAACUCAUUCCGUACUGUCCACCAAGAAGUUCCUAGCAAAGUACGACAUUCCAGUGGCAGACCAUCCAACUUAUGCGCUGGAUCUUGUAACCUGCGACUUCUACCUUUUUCCUAAGGUCAAAUCUAAAAUAAAAAGAUAAAGCAUGAAAUGCUCAUUUUUUCAGUUAUUAUCAAAAAGGUUCAAAAAUAUGCUCUAUUUUUGGUCUAAAACUCAGCAGGUUUAAUCGCGAAUUGCCAAAAGAGUAUUAUCUAAAAUUGAUUCAUUUAUCAAUUACUUUUAGUUGCAUUUUGUAAAAGGGCACCUUCAGGUUGAAAGCCCUAUAUAAUUAUUCAAUUGUCGUAUCUCUGUAGACAAAUCAGUGUAGUCGUAAUCUUCGUUAUUAUAGAGGCUGUUUUUUUGUUUGGCUGUGAAACAGAUUGUUGUGAAACCAAACUGAACCUUAUAAUUCAUUGAAACAAGUAUAUGGCAAAUAAAUAUGAACUAUGAACCUCGCCUGGAACUUGUUUGUCGCUUCCUCGUGUUUUUGGGUGUUAAAGCCAUGUUAAACGUUUUUAACAUGGCUAGGAAUAUGUGCGCAGCUCUGAAAGAAAGAAGAUCGUGAAAUAUUAAUAUUGUUAGAUCAACCAACUUUUUUGCUGGAUCUUACACACGAUAACAUUUUUGGAUAGAAAAUGAAGAACUAAUUUCAAACAAUUCAUUUCCUAUUUAAAAAAUUUUAUGUUGAACUUGUGAUUCGAACUGGUUUGAAGAUCGCAUAUUCACGUUAAAGAUUGUAAAUUUAUAAUUCAAAAUUCACAUUUUUGGAGAUUUUCAAUAAAAUGUUUCCAUUUAUCCGUUUCGACUUCAAAUCAUCGCUGUGUAUAUCCAUUAGAUACCUUGGAAGUUUCCUCGUAGUCGGUAACAACUUCUUAUUACUAAUUAUAUAAAUACCAAAAUCAUCAAUAGAUCUACUGAAAUAUUUAUUUCAGUCAUCUGUAAAUAAUUAUUCAAUGUAUUUUCAUUAAUUAUGUAAUUCUUAACGUAAAUUAUAAAGUGCAUCAAAUUAUUAUACUGAAAACUUUGGUCACUGAAACUCUGUCAACAGCUUUUCCACUACAUUCGAAUUUACACAUCACCUUAUAUCAAUACUACAUCAUGUUUCAUUUCACUUCUUUUCCACUUAAUACAGUGUAUUUCACAAUAUAUUUCACUCUAUUUCGCAUAAAGAAGAAAAUAAACUGUAACUGUCCGGUUCAUAAACUCUAAAGUGAAUCUCUUACUAGAGCAAAGAAUUUUUGUUAUGUGCUCAGUUUUUUCAAUCUCUAAGUUAUAUAUUUUCGAAAAAAAACUGAUGUUAACAUAUUCUUAUCAGAUUUCUAACCCCUAAUACGCUAUGAGGCCGAAGUAACUAUUUAGUACCACUCCCUAGUUUCUUCAUAUACUUCAAGAUGAUCGUGGUAGAUUCAAUGUCUCAUUUACAGUUCUAAAACGAUAAUUAAAUCCCUACAUCUCUUUGGACUUUCACUUUUCAAUGCUACUACCUAUCAUUUUAUUGUCCAAACUUCUUACAAUUGAAGCUACUUCUCAUUAAUAUCUAAUUUCCUGGAAUUAUUACAUUCAUUCUGGAUUUUUCAUCUUACAGUUAGUUAUAAAAUCUUUCCACGUGAAAACUAAGUGAUACAUCUGCUUUUUUGCUUCUUCUACGAUACGAGAAGAACUAUCGCAAACAUCCUGUCCGAUAACCAAGCAGCUUAUAGAGCUCCAAGCUCCAAUAUCAUAAACUCUAAACUCAUCUGGAAUUGCCUAGAAAAACAAAACGAGCUAGACAAGGGACCAUACUGGAGGAAAGAGAAAUAAAAUAGCUAUAUUGAGGGCAACAAGCCCUUCUAUGGUAUCAGCUACAGAAUAAUAGAAAGAAGGACUAGAACAACCUACAGGGACUGAGACACGUCUUCUUAUUAUGGAAAACUAUAACCAGAAAGGAGCUCCAUAGCACUACACAGCGAUUAAAAUGAAAUAAGAAGAUCUCUGGUAGCUACAGCCAACCUAUUAUCUAAGAGGAAAGGGAUUAAUAGAUCAGCUGUAAACACUGGGUUCCCAGAAAAAGGGAAUGCAAUAGAGCCUUUGGAUUACACUGUAUAUGAUACACAAAUAUGUAAAUACGUACAUACAAGGCCAGUCGAGAGAUAUUGCAAUGAGAGUAGAAAUUGUUUUUAGAACCUAAAUAUACAUCGACGUUUCUUGUUCUGAUUUUGACCAUUGAUUUUCUUCCUGCUGUCACCUAGUUUAUUAUUAGGGUUGUAAUGGAUGUAGUUUAAAGUCCAGAGGGUGGAAAGUGGAAGUUUUGAAGCUCCACACCAUAGAAGUAUAGACUAAAAAUUGAUUUACUUCAAUUUCUUAAACCUUUUCAUAUGUUUAUAUUUCUAAUCGUUUUGAUUUUAAGUUUCUUCUGAUUCAAAAUCAGUUUUAUUUAAUAAUAUUUGAGAGAUUGAUAAAAAAUUAAAGAUUUGACUUAUUUCUUACUUUAUCAAAAUGCUCUAAAUUAGAAGAGAUCCAAAAUCAAGAACAUUUAAAAGCAUAAAAAUUAAUUUCGAGUUUCACGUUUCAUGGUUUCAUUGAGUUAAUUUUCUCUAGUUUUAAGAUAGCAGGCUUUGAAUAACUAUGAAUUUUACCGAUAUACAGGGAAAUUAACAAGUGUGAUUAAAGACUUAGUAAAACUUUGAGAAUACCAAAACGAUUAACCGUAUAGUGCCAUCUUUUAUUCAAAAACAGAACUUAUUGAACAGCCGGUUACUUUAUAUAUCUCUAUAAAUAUUUUCUCCAAUUAAGAAAAAUUAUUGAUCCCAAAUUACUAAUAAAUGGAAAAAAUUUUAUUUACAUUAGAAUAUUGGAAAAAUUACGUGUAAAUAUUUUUUAUUUUGUGGUUGUUUACAGAGAUUCAGUUGCUUAUAAUGAACACAUUGUCUUGCACUUCCCAUUGUAAAUAAAAUUUCGAGACUAGAAUAUGAUAUAACUCAAAAAUUUAGAAAGCUGUUAAGUUUUUUGCUAAUAUUUCACCUCAAAAACAUGCUCAUAAUUUACUUUAAAACAAUUUUAACCCUCACCUGUGUUUUUUUGUUGAUUAUUUGUCAGAAUUUCUGAAACCGUUGGCGAUAUUCAUACUGAACACACUGUUUAAACUACCACUACACUAUAACUCAUAAUUACACUGUUUGACGCGCGAAAUUUACCUUCAGUCUCUGAAGACGAUAAUUUGGUUAUCGAAACGCGCGUCAGACAGUGUGAUCGUGAGAUUUGGUGUAGUGGUGAUGUGAACAGUGUGUACAGUUUGAUUAUUUGUUAUUAAGCUAAUUGAAUUUGAGUUGAUGAAAUGUUUAUGAGGUAAAAUUUCUCAAAUUGUACAAUAUCAUUCCACUUUCUAUAGCAUGGUAAUUCAAAUUAAUAUUUAUAUCAAAGCUACUGUGGAGAGACCAGCAUGAUUAACAAAAUAAUAAAUAACAUAUUGAAUUUUCAUCAUCAAUUUGGAAAUACGUAAUAAAUUCCAUGGCACGUAAACCAAAAUCAUCAUUAUUUUACACCAUUAUUUCUAAAAAACCACCAUAAUCUUGAAAAAGGUGAAAUGAAACCUAACCUAACUUAACCUAAUCUAAUCUAACCUAACCUAACCUAACCUAACCUAAACUAACCUAACCUAACCUAACCAACCUCCUUUUCUCUCCAUCUCUUCUAUUGUGUCAAAUUUUGAACUGGUGGUUCUGCUUAGAAUAUUUCCGCGAUUUGUCACAAUCGACAUGGAAGAUAGUGAUAAAUCUACCAGUUCAAACUUUGACACAAUAGAAGAGUUGGAGGCAAAAGGAGGUGGAUUAAGUUAGGUUGGGUUAGGUUAGGUUCUAAUCUUUGUUUUCAAACCUCAUGUGCUAUUGCUUUAAAAGAAUGCCUAUUCCGAUAUGAUUGGAGAAUUAUUGGCAUAAUUACUAUUGAUGUCUACCUCCCACCUUUGAAGUAGGUUCAGAGCACCAAAAAACAACCCUAAAUGCGCGAAAACCUUUUUGGAGUAAGUUUGUGGUGGAGCCUCACAUUUUUUGCUUUGAAUGACACAAAAUUUGUUAAAUUUUUUAGUUGUGAUGAUUACAAAAUUGGAUUCGGUGGUUAAACAUGUUUGAAUAUCAUUAUUCUUGGUACUUAUAAAUCCGAAAUGAGGUUAUAAGAGUAGUUUCAAGCCUUUUCAAUUUAAAAAUGGAAGAAUUAUUGAUGCAGUGGUCAUUUUAUGAGGCAGUAAUCAUUUUUUGGAUACGAAAACGUGGAAAACUAAUUUUGUAUGAGACAGGAAAAUUCAUCAUAACUAUAUAUCAAAAUUUUUAAAUUACUAGUUGUUACAAUGGCGAUAGGUACUUUGUAUAAAUUUUAUUGUAAAUAGUUCUGGAAAAUAUGAAGAUAAAAAUAGUGUAAUUAAAAAUAAAACGGAAAUCUACAGAUGAUCUUCAGAAAAUAUUCCGGAAAAUAAUUAUUACGUGCUAGCUUAUAUUACCUUCCUUUCCUUGAACCUUUUCAGAAGUCGAAUUUUAAAACUGUCUUUCUUUCUUAUUGUGCGGACCUCGUAAAGAAUUUUUCAAAUUCUAUAUUUUCACUUACUAUUGUAAAGUCCCCGGUAUAACAGCAAUUACAAAAUCAAUAAAAAUGCAUAUAACUGCAAUUUUCUUUAUACAAUUUUCGAAUCAACUUUUCUAGUGGCUACUAGAUGGCGGUAAUAAUGUUGAAAUCAAAAUUUAUGUAGACCACUGCCAGCUUGUCGAGAAAAGACCAAAUAAAGUGUUUGUAGGUAAGAAAGUUUCCUAUUUUUUAUUUGUAUUUGAAGAUAUAUCGACAGCGCUGCUUACGGAAUAUCCUAUAACGACGUAGGGUGUUACCGUGGGACUCGAAAAGUCGAAUGAAAAGUUAAAUUAAAAAUUUUGAGUUGAUACUUCAUUUAUAUAUUGAAUAAGUUAGCACUUGAUAAUAUUAGUACAUGAAAUAAAAAAAAUUAUAUUCAAUUGAAUGUACAUCUUCAUCUCUUUCUAAUUUAUGUAAUAACACACUAUUUGCCUCCGAGGGUGGUUAUGUAAGAUACAAAUAAAUAAAUUUUGUUGUUGGUUAUAAUACUUGGUUUAAAUUAAAUAAAUUUUUC